CUUUGCUUUUAUAACGUCUGUAAAGGACGUAGUAAAGGUGGCUUCCCUCACUUCUUUCUGGUCCGCUUUAAUGAAAACGCAGCAGUAGACUGGGCAGAGCAAGGAGCAAGAUACCAUUUUUAGACGACAUGUUUUACCGAAGUAAAACCAUAAAAGGUUUACUGAGUAUUGUCCCUGGGAAGCACCGGCUGGGAGCCUACAGGUUCUUACCUAUCUUUUUCUGCAUUGGAGGAGUCAUGGAGUGGAUUAUGAUUAACGUGAGGAUAGGACAAGAAACUUUCUACGAUGUUUACAGAAGGAAGAAGUCAGAGCGGCAGUAUGAGCAGAAGAUGGCAGAUGGUCUCCUAGCACUGGAUCAACCUGGAGCCAAGUGAAUGAUGGUCAGACUGCACAAGAGUUCCCUGAGGAGACUCUGCUAUUGGACUCAAACUCCCUCACUGGUUUUUUAACCAUUGGAUCACAAAGAUGCUGAGGACAAAUGGGGAUUUCCCUUCCAGCUUUUUUGCAGGCUUUUAUUCUGAGUCAAUAAGCGGUUAAUCUUAGUGUAAGAAUACCACCUGUAUGAGAUAAAGACAGAUUGUAAUGUCAGUGAAAAAUACUAAAGCAAUGCAGGAAAAAAUAAAUCGAGUGAAUCUACAGUUUCUAGGAUUUGUCAAACAUUUCUUGGUUUACUGACUAUAAACAUGCAUCUCAAAUGAAAGCUGCUAAGUUGUGCUUCUUUAAACAUUACAUUAUCACUUAUUCAGUACACUCGAUGUAAUUCCUGUGGUUUUGUGCCUCAGUUGUACCAUCCAAUGGGAAGAGACUGCAGAGGAAACUCUCAAUAGCUCGGUACGUUUCCCAUCCAGCUUCACCAGGUCUGGCGAACCGUCUGCAGCGACUGGUGUGGCAUUUGAAAACAAUCAAAAUACAAUAUUGAAAUGUUGUAUACCCUAAACUAACUGAUUGGUUCCUCAAAUGUCCUUUUAUUUGACCCAAAUCAAUGCAGAAUGUACAUAAAGGUGCACAAAGUGAAGAGACUCUGCUUUCAGCUCAUUGUCUACAUGGUAUAGGUAUGUAAGACUAGUGAGUUUUUGCAACAAUAACAGCAUAUUUAAGUUUUUAUGGGGUGGUUGACAAAAAAAUCAAAUGUUAUUUAACAAGGAUUAUUACAAGGAUAAAUUAGUUAAAUGAGUUAAGACAUUUGAAAAUCACUUGCUUUUCCAGCCACGGUUUUUAAUUUAAAGAGACUAACAUGAUAGGCAGCAUGAGGAGCUCUGGUCAGCAGUAUUGACUCCCAGUGAGGUAAUGUCUUCUCAGAGUUUCUAAAAAUCAAAAUAAACCUUCAAGAUUAGAGAAAUAAUUUUUUGUGGUUGUUGUAUAACUUUAUGUUACAGUGCCUUAAGUACUAAAACCUCUUGAACUUGUCUGCAGUUUGUCAUGUUAAUUGGCAGAUAAUGUGACAAACCAGUAGGAAGCAGAGCAGGAAGUGAAGAAAAUGGAAAACCAAUAGAUAGUCUCCAAAUAUUACAUAAGCAAAUCUCUAGAUUACAUAUUUAUCAAUCUUCUUUACCCCAAAAUUCAGAAAAAAUACAACUCAGCCAGUUACAUUCAGAAUAUAAACCUGAACUUAAAGAUCAGAGGAAUAUACAGAGUCGCACCUGCUGUAGCUCUGGAGGUGCUGCAAAGAUCCACAGCUCGGUGGGGUUUACCACCGUGCUAAUAGGCAUGACAGUAAAAGUGUGGGAAGAGAAGCUCUGGUCUGAUGAGACCAAAUUGUAAUUUUAUGGACUAAUUGCAAAUCACACAGUCACAUGAUGGUGACAGCAUUUUGCUUUUUCCUCAUUGGUGACAGGCAGACUAGUCAGAGUUGAUAGGAAGGUAGACUGAGCUAAAGCUGAAUACAGAGCAAUGUAUUCAACUUCCAAGGAAACUUGGAGGUUAAUAUCCAGCAAAAUGGCCAUAUUGAAG